AUGUCAAAAGAUUUAAUUAAAGGGGUUUUAAAUGUGGAUCCAUGGUUAGAACCAUUCUCUCAACAAUUGAUUGAUAGACAAGUAAGAUUCCAAGAUUGGUAUGAUAAAUUGACUAAAUCUGAAGGUUCUUUAAUCAAUUUUGCAAAUAGUUAUAAGAAUUAUGGUUUACAUUCUUUACCUGAUGGAAAUUAUAAAAUUGUUGAAUAUAUCCCUAAUGUUGAAUCUGUUUCCUUGGUUGGUGAUUUCAAUAAUUGGAAUACUGAAUCUCAUCCUUUGAAAAAAUCUAAUGAUUUUGGAUUAUGGGAAUUGACUAUUCCUGCUAAAACUAUUCCAAUUGAUUCAAAAUAUAAAAUUGCUAUGAAAUUAUCUAGUGGUGAAUGGAUUUAUCGUUUAGAUCCUUGGGUUCAUAGAGCUACUUAUUCAGAAGAAACUACUCAAUAUGAAGGUCGUUUCUGGGAAGAUAAUUAUAUAUUUAAAAAUCCUCGUCCUAAAAAUGCUGCUGGUAAUGAAAUUAAAAUUUAUGAAGCUCAUAUUGGUAUUUCUACUCCUGAUCCAAAAGUUGGUUCCUAUAAAAAUUUCACUCAAAAUAUUUUACCUAUUAUUAAAGAUCUUGGCUAUAAUACUAUCCAAUUGAUGGCUAUUAUGGAACAUGCUUAUUAUGCUUCUUUUGGUUAUCAAGUUACUAGUUUUUUCGCAGCUUCUUCAAGAUUUGGUACUCCUGAUGAAUUGAAAGAAUUGAUUGAUACUGCUCAUGGAAUGGGUAUUCAAGUUUUAUUAGAUGUUGUUCAUUCUCAUAGUUCAAAAAAUGUUGAUGAUGGUUUGAAUAUGUUUAAUGGUACUGAUCAUUAUUUAUUCCAUGGUGGUGGCAGAGGUAUGCAUGAUUUAUGGGAUUCUCGUUUAUUUAAUUACACCAAUUAUGAAACUUUAAGAUUCUUGUUGUCUAAUUUGAAAUACUACAUUGAUGUCUUCCAAUUUGAUGGUUUCAGAUUUGAUGGUGUUACCAGUAUGUUGUAUAAACAUCAUGGUUUAUCUUAUGGUUUCAGUGGUAAUUAUCAUGAAUAUUUUGGUGAAGGAGUUGAUGAUGAAGCUUUGGUGUAUUUGAUGUUGGCUCAUAAAUUAAUGGAUGAUAUUUCCAAGACUGAAAACAUCACUUUGACUUCAAUUGCCGAAGAUGUUUCCGGUAUGCCAACGCUAUGCCGACCAAUUACUGAUGGUGGUAUUGGUUUUGAUUAUAGAUUAUCCAUGGCCAUUCCUGAUAUGUGGAUUAAAGUUUUAAAACAUUUGAGUGAUGAACAAUGGGAUUUGGGUAAUAUUGUUCACACUUUAUGUAACCGUAGAUAUGGUGAGAAAGUUGUGGUUUAUUGUGAAAGUCAUGAUCAAGCUUUAGUUGGUGAUAAAACCAUUGCCUUUUGGUUGAUGGAUGCAGAAAUGUACACCAACAUGAGUGUUUUAACCGAAUUAACUCCAGUUAUUGAUCGUGGUAUUGCUUUACAUAAAAUGAUUAGACUUAUUACUUAUGGUUUGGGUGGUGAAGGUUAUUUGAAUUUCGAAGGUAAUGAAUUUGGUCAUCCAGAAUGGUUGGAUUUCCCAAGAGUUGGUAACGGUGAAUCUUAUCAUUACUCAAGAAGACAAUUCAACUUAAUUAAAGAUGAUUUACUUAGAUAUAAAUUUUUAUAUGCAUUUGAUAAAGCCAUGUUGAAAUUAGAUGUCACUGGUCCAGAAUAUGUUUCCCUUAAACAUGAAGGUGAUAAAGUUUUAGUCUUUGAAAAGGGAGACUUACUUUUCAUUUUUAAUUUCAAUUCUUCCCAAUCAUUUGUUGAUUAUAAAAUUGGUGUUGAGCAUCCAGGUAAAUAUAAAGUGGUCUUGGACUCCGAUGCUGAAGAAUUUGGUGGACAUCAAAGACUUGAUGAUCUGCAAGUUUACUUCACUUCUGAUGAACCUUGGAAUCAUAGAAAGAAUUCUAUGCAAGUUUAUAUUCCUACUAGAACAGCCCUUGUAUUACAAUUGGCCAAAGACUAA